AUGUGUGUGGGGAAGUGCAGCCGCAUCGUGGGUCCCUGCCUGCUGGCACUGGGCACGCUGUCCAUGGCAGCCAACAUCCUCCUGCUCUUCCCUGGCGGGACAUGGAGGUAUCUGGCAGAGGGGAACAUCAGCAAGGAUGUCAAGGUCAUGCCAGGCAUCUGGGGAGGCGGCAUUGCUGUGCUGGUGGCAGCAACCCAUAUCACAGCGGUGGGGUGGCGAUGUGCUGGCUGCUCCGACUGCGGCACCCGGGGCAACGCCUUCAUCUCGGCUGUGCUCUCCAAGCUGGCACUCCUGGGUGCUGCCACCUGCUUUGUCCUCUCCGGGGUGGGUUUGACCAAUGGACCCUUCUGCUUCUACAACACCACCAGGCACGGCACCAGCUGGGGUUACCCCUUCCGCGACACCGGCGGCCAGGAGCCUGAUGCCAGGUGAGGCAGCAUCGCUGAGAACUACCUGCUCGAUCGUCGCGCCUGGGGCAUCUGCCUGGAGCCGGCGGGAGUCGUGGUCUGGAAUGUCGUCCUCUUCUCCCUCCUGCUGCUCAUCAGUGCUGCCGAAAUGGUGCUGGCCUCCCUCCAGAUCCUCAACGGCUGCCUCGGCUGCCUUUGCGGCUUCUGUGAGGGGAAGUAG